AUGGCUUCGAAUGGGAUCCCGCUCCCACCGCGGACGCCAACGCCUCCGAUGGACGAUGCGCCGCAACAGCCCCCCGUUGGCCUUGGAUUCGAAGGGGAGCUGUCCGCUGGAGGUCUGGGCUUCGAUCCGAAUGCGCUCUCUCCAAUGUCGGCCACUUUCCCGUCGAAGCAGUUCGCGACUCUGGGCCCCAGCGACUCAGUUUCGCAGCGUGCGACACCGACUUUGUACACGCCAGCGAGCGCAACAUUCCCAUACACUCCCGCCAGCAUAAUGAGUGGGACCGACGUCGAUGCACCAUCCAUGAGCGGCACCGAGAAUGCGCGCAACCCAUUCAACUUCCAGUCCGUCGCCUACCAGCCCGGCCGGCCAAAGCAGAAUGACAUUGGCAGAAGACGAGGACACAAGUACAAGCACAGCAGCGUGUCUCACCAGAUCUUCCUCGAGCCAGCACCUCGCGCGCCUCUCCAACUUCCCGCCUCCCUACCGAUUCCUACCUUCAAAGAAUACCGAUCGUCCAUGUCAAAGGACCAGAAGCUGCGAUUGGCGUGGUGUUUCGGCCAUCUGCUUGUUGCAGGGCUUGUACAAUGGGGCUCACACGAGUCUCUGGCACUGACCGUGCUGUCUCGUCUCAUAUUCUAUGACGCAAUCGGCGCUUUCCUCUGUGUCGCGGUUGAUGUUGGGUCAAACUUUGAGGUCUGGAAGCGCUCCAGCAUCCGUCAUCCGUUCGGGUUCGAGCGACUCGAAGUCAUUGCAGGGUUGGGCAUGUCCGUUGGCCUACUGUUCAUGGGCUUGGAUCUCAUCUCCCAUGGCCUUACUCAUGCUCUGGAGAACUCAGGUGGCCACACUGCGCACCACGCAGAUACGCACGAGCGUGUGUCCCCCGGCAGCAUUGACCUUGCGGCCUUGAGUGGCAUCAUCUCGACGCUUGUUUCAGCUAUCUUGCUGAAGAAUCACGCUCGCAUUGGCAAGGUCAUGAGACUGGGGGCAAUCGCGAAUUUGCCCUCCGUCCUCAGCAACCCCUCUCAUUUCCUCACAUUGUCCUGUUCAGCAUUGUUACUGCUUCUUCCUCUGCUGAGCAUACAGAUGUACGUAUGGCUGGACCGAACCUUGUCGUUUUCUGUCGCUAUCUGCAUGGUCGCACUGGGGUGGAUUCAGGGCUGGACGCUGGGCAAGAUGCUGCUGAUGUCCUGCUCGGGCCCAGGAGUUCUCGAUGUCAUGUACGACAUUGAGACGGACCCAGCCGUGACCACAGUCGAAGAAGCAAAGUUUUGGCAGGUGCAUUACGGACUCUGCCAAGCAAACUUGAAGGUCAGGGUACGCAAUCUCGACGAGAUAGGACGUCUGCGCGACCGCAUCGGCAGCAUGGUACGAAACCGCUUGGGUGCCAGCUAUGGUAGUGGUGGACAGAAAUGGGAGGUCUCCACCCAGAUUACGCUGGAGAAGGACUGA